GAACCACAAGCUCGAGACUACUGUAUUCGGUGGCAUUACAAUGAAAAAUGGACUGAUCGGGAGCUGUUGCAGCGCUUCAUUCUUAGCCAUAGUAAAGCGAUUACUGAUGAAACGAUAAAGCUUUCCUUUCUGAGGUUUCUCUACAAAUUUCUUGAAGAUGAUGAAUUUAUUUUCACUGCGAAAGGUUGGGCUGGCAAAGAUGAUGUGAGCCGCACUAUCGAGCGUCUUGAGAGGAGCAACAGAAUAAUAUCAAUCUCACAACUGAGGAGUAGUGGAAAAUAUGAGGAGGUUAUUGCAAUAAUAACUCGUGACAUUGAUUUCCAUGCUCUCGAAGGUGAUGACUUGUUCGAGAUGGCAGACUUUUUAAUAGAAGCCUACCUCAAAGUCAGAAAAUUCGAUGAAGCGGCGGUUUUCAUGUCCAGAGUGCUUCAUUUAUUGCUGUCGUACAAGCAGCCUCCCCACGAACAAAUCUCUUUGCUACAAAGUAGACUGAGGGAUGUUGAAUGGGCAAAUGUGAAGAAAGAAAAUGCAGAACUUAUGGGAUACUUCUUGUGUCAACUCACUACCAUUGACCAGUUUGGUACAGACUGGCUUAUGUGGAAGGAACUCUAUAGAGUCGCUGAACAUAUAGGAGGAGGCAUUUCGGUCGAAUAUAUCCAAUCCCUUGACCCUAUUACACAAGACGACGCAAUGCCAAGUUUGGGAUUAGACGUUCUGUUGAAAGCACAUGAGAAAUUAGGCGAAGCAAAAGUGUGUGGCCGAGAUAAGGGUGCCUUCUUGCUUUUCUAUAUGGAAAAUCUACAUACGUGUAUUUCCAACGAAAAAGUUGUGUCAACGCUGCGCCGAGAUGAUUUCUACUGGUUGUGGUCAAAUGUUUCCGAGGAGAUAUCCCAAUGUCUUUAUUGUGUAUUUGGGCGAUACUCAAAACGUCGCCGAGCAAUCGAAGAUCACGAAUGUUCCGUAAGUCAUCGCAUUCUCGAUAAGCACUCAACAAUGGUGAUUGAGCUCGCUAUGCCACAUCCUUUGCCACAGUAUGAUGACAAGGAUCGUCUUGGUCACGAUGUAGUGGAUCUUCUUCUGAACAAGUUCCCAUUUAUGCUGAAGUAUUCUGAAGAAAGGAAGAAAGUUGUAGAUGAGUUCACGAAGUGGAUGAACCGUGCCGCAACUAACCCUUCAAUAGACCGCUUGAAAUGGCCCACAGUGAAGGACGAGUCCUAUGUGCAGUCAUGUGUUUGGUAUCUCAUGGCGUUACAUCAUUACCGCUUGAGCAAUUACGAUGAAAUUGAAACGUACUCCAAGUUAUUCCUUACAAGUGGUCAUGCUACCAUGGAAAGUCGAGUGACAGCUGGAGCUUGGGCUGUCUUGGCGUACACUUCGGUUUAUCGUGUGUUUCAGAUGGACGACGAUAUACUGUACCUGGAGUGGCCAUGGCACGUAAUGCCAUUUCGGAUUUCUCUGCUUGUGGAUGGAACUAUUGGAGUAGUUUAUUUCCAGCUGGCUAAUACACUUUAUCAAAUUGCCACACGGUUGUCGCGCUAUUUUCUCACGGUCCCGUCUGAUGAUUGGCGACUACGCUAUGCAGAUUCGUUGCUCCGAACCAUUCGCAAGGAAUCGGAGGGGUUCUUCGAAGAGGCGCUAUCUCGGGCUGGCCAAACUGAAACUGGCGUUCCAUGCGAAUUCCAGUGGUUGUGUUACUUCUUCCUAGCAAAACUUCAGGCGAAGCUCGAUCCAAAUGAUGUGAUCAAGGUUAUUGACGGGAUGUUUGAAGCAGCAUGCUCAUGUGAAUUGUCAGAAUUUUUCUAUCCUAUCAAGAUCAAUGUGAAGAAACAGCAGAAUAUUGAACCAGUGGAAAUUCAUUAUCAAAUUCACGCUAUUGUGUGGAAAUAUCUGUGCAAUAAUCCUUCGCCGCCCUUGCAAACCCUUAUCACACUCCUGGCGUACAUUAGAGCCAUGCAGUAUCAUAGGGUAGUACGCAGCAACUAUUCCCUUUUCUGCUGCAGCCCGGAGAUUCAGGAAAUUGUUGUGCAGAUGACCAUCGACUGUGUUCGUAAUCAGAAAGGUGGUGUGAAUGAAACGGUCGACGAUAUUGUCACCCGAGUGGAUUUGAUGGAAGAGUUGUGGAAUUUAUGUCAUCGUGGAUUCGAGUUGGUAUGCGAGCGUUUUCCACAUAUGAAGUCGUACUAUCGUCUUGCUGAGAUGGAGCUAAGUCGUGGAAACUUGGAAGCUGCUUACGGUCAUUUAAUGAAGCAUGUGUUCAGAAGAAAAAAACGAGAUGAUUCUCUCUUCGAUAACGUGGUGGAAAUUACCUCGCAAGACAUAGAUCGUUCGGGAUCAGUGCUUCAUUUAUUGCUGUCGUACAAGCAGCCUCCCCACGAACAAAUCUCUUUGCUACAAAGUAGACUGAGGGAUGUUGAAUGGGCAAAUGUGAAGAAAGAAAAUGCAGAACUUAUGGGAUACUUCUUGUGUCAACUCACUACCAUUGACCAGUUUGGUACAGACUGGCUUAUGUGGAAGGAACUCUAUAGAGUCGCUGAACAUAUAGGAGGAGGCAUUUCGGUCGAAUAUAUCCAAUCCCUUGACCCUAUUACACAAGACGACGCAAUGCCAAGUUUGGGAUUAGACGUUCUGUUGAAAGCACAUGAGAAAUUAGGCGAAGCAAAAGUGUGUGGCCGAGAUAAGGUAUGUUUUCAUCUCCUGAUGGAAAGGAAGCAUCUGUAUUGUCAAAAGAUAAUUUUUCUGAAAAAAACCGUAAAGUAA